AUGGCGCUCAUUGGCGUUUUCUUAGUUUUCGCUGGCGUUCUGGCAGCUGCUCAGGCUGCAACGCUUGGGGUGGUGCAUACAGAAGGAGGAUUCGUAGAAGGGACAAGCAAGAAAAUUGGCCUUUUGAACCCAGUUUAUCUGGACAUUUUCAAGGGGAUCCCAUUUGGUGCUCCUACAAAAAUCCUAGAAAAGCCCGAGAAGCAUCCAGGAUGGUCAGGUACCUUGAAAGCUAAAGAAUACAAUAAACGUUGUAUGCAGGCAACUCUGCUCCAGACUGAUAUCAUGGGAGAUCUGGACUGUCUCUACCUGAAUAUCUGGGUCCCCCAGUCUCGUAAAGCAGUGUCCACAAAGCUCCCCGUUAUGGUCUGGAUUUAUGGUGGAGGCUUUCUGCUUGGAGGUGGACAAGGAGCUAAUUUUCUUGACAAUUAUCUGUAUGAUGGAGAAGAGCUGGCAGUUCGAGGCAAUGUUAUUGUGGUGACAUUUAACUAUCGAUUGGGACCACUGGGAUUUCUGAGCACAGGAGAUGCCAAUGCUCCAGGAAACUACGGUAUGUGGGAUCAGCAUUUUGCCAUUGCAUGGGUAAAGAGGAACAUCGCUGCCUUUGGAGGUGACCCCAGCAACAUCACCAUUUUUGGAGAGUCAGCUGGAGCCGCCAGUGUCUCGCUGCAGACUCUGACUCCAUACAACGUCGGACUGAUCAAACGUGCUAUCAGCCAGAGCGGAGUAGGAAUGUGCCCAUGGGCUAUUCAGAAAGAUCCCCUUGUGUGGGCGGAAAAGAUUGCACAAAAUGUUGGCUGUCCUGUUAACGACACUAAGGCCCUGACCGACUGCCUGAGGAAGACAGAUCCCAAGGCCAUCACUCUAGCCUAUCAGCUGGACUUUGUCAACCUAAAAUACCCCUUGGUACAUUAUCUGGCUUUCAGUCCAGUCAUUGAUGGCGAUUUCAUCCCGGAAGACCCCAGGAAUCUGUUUGACAAUGCUGCUAAUGUGGACUAUAUAGCUGGAGUGAACAACAUGGACGGGCACUUAUUUGCUGGGAUUGACAUGGCAGCCAUAAACAGGCCUUUACAGAAAAUAUAUAAGGAGGAAGUGCAUAAGCUUGUGGAGGGGCUGACUUCUCCUAAAGGAACUUCUGGCCUGGAUGUCGCUUUCGAACUUUACACAGGAAACUGGGGAACAAAUCCAGAUCAGGAGCUCAUGAAGAAGACCGUUGUUGAAUUAGAGACGGAUUACAUCUUCCUGGUCCCAACGCAAGAGGCUCUGGCCCUUCAUUACAUGCAUGCACAGAAUGCCAAAACCUACAGCUACCUGUUCACUCACCCAACUCGCAUGCCUGUUUACCCAAACUGGGUGGGUGCUGAUCAUGCUGAGGACCUGCAGUACAUGUUUGGCAAGCCAUUCAAGAACACCCUCGCUUACAGACCACAAGAUCGUGAUGUCUCUGAGGCCAUGAUGGCUUACUGGACCAACUUUGCUGCAACCGGAGAUCCCAGUAAAGGAAACUCUAAAGUCCCCACACCUUGGCUGAGUUACAAUACUCAGUACGGAAUGUACCUGGAAAUCAACAACAAAAUCAAUAGUAAGUCCAUGAAACAGGACCUGAGGUCUCCUUAUGUCAAGUUUUGGUGCGCCACCUAUCGCAAUUUGCCCAAUGUGUAA